CGUUCGCCAACCGUCGUCAGACCUACGUCCUGCCCGGGCCCUCUGGGCGCGUACCUCAUCGCCUCGCAUCUUGAGAUGCGCGAGUCUUGCUGAGAAAUCUUACCCUCGCCAUUGAAACCCGGGGGAUUCGCGUGUACCUCUUGGAGCACGCUUGCACCUACGCGCGUGGAUUUUCUUAAAGGAUCGUAUUCGCCGUCGCGAUCGGUGGGUCCGUAACGGCGGGUCCCCGGCGUCGCGAUGCCCCUGUGGGCCCCGGGUUCGAGGUCGCGGACCUGUGAGGAAGACCCGUCGUGAGCUCUGCUAUGACUAGUGCUUCGAAAGGCUCGACUCUUGUGGCCGCAACAAGUGCAAUAUUUUCAACAUUCAGAUAUUAACAAAGUCGAUUGUGUUUGACACUGAAACGUCGCCGUGCCAGAAAACUGAGGGAACCAUAAAAAUCGAUCAUUGUCUCGUUAUCAAUCGAGAGAAAGUAGAGACCGUCGUUGGUGGUUCAUUAACGUGCUCGCCCCAUACAGUGCGCGCGCGCGCGCGCGCGAUGUCGGGCACACGAGCGACAUUCUCGCGUUUGUUUCUCGGUUCGCCCGUUCGCCUGUGACGACCGGAAGAUUUGAUCGGAAUAGGAAUAGGAAUGCAAGAGUGGGUACCGGGGGCCGAUGCCAAGAAAAACGUACCGGAACCCAUUCACCAGUGAAAGCGCAGUGGCGGGUCGCGAUCACGGGGGAAGAUGCACGGAUGCAACCGGAAAAACCCAAACGGACUCUGCGCGAUGCACGAGGAGGACGUUAACGGUGAUAAGCGCCGCGUUCUGAUAACAGACACGCGCGCAGUUCAAAGAUAGUCAUCUCGCGCUCAACUAUUCUCUGCUCCGGCGCUGUUUCGCGCGGUCCAACUGCGCCGUGAUCUGGUCGAGAGUACCGUUUUUAUAUGUCCGGUCGGCAUUAAUUUACCUCGGAUAAGUGAUUAGUUGAAUUCGGGGAACGAUCAUCAGGUCGGUUGGCUCGAUCGGGGAUAAGUGAAGUGCGAAUCUCGUGGAAUACACGUCGGGACGAUUGUGAAGAAUCCGCGAAGUAAGAGAAUCCGGUCGCAUCAUCGGAUGGGACGUGUCGAGAAGAGUGAUGCUGGGAUUUCUCGCGGAUCGUCGUGGAUCGAUGUAGCGCGAUGUCCGCCUGGUGGCCUGUCGUGGCGGCGGCGCUGUGCCUUUGGAUAGGCGCUGGGAGUCAGUUCAGCGAUAAUACACCGCCUAUAAUGUGGCUGGAUCGAAAUUGGGUACUUCCGGAUACCGAGCCGGUAGGAAGUAUCGUGACUAGGGUGCGCGCCGAGGACAACGAGCAGGAAACGUUGACCUACGGCCUGGAACCGCUCGGACACAACUACAAUGGGGACGACAGUCCACAGGCACCAUUACCCUUCUUUAUCGACAACAGCACUGGCACCGUCUACCUCAAUGAGACUCUUAAAGGAAGGGGAGGGCAGAACCUGUUCCUCUACGUGACCGUUUCCGACGGUCAACUCACUGCGAAGACCGAAGUCUACGUCAACAUUAAGAACACAUCAGCACCAAAUCGGGGAAAGACGAGGACACCGUUUCCAAGUCAGCACGGUUCCGGUGGUCGGAUACGACCGCCUAUACUGAGCCUGCCUAAUUUACCGAGUUUCGCAUCGCCUUUACCUCCUUUACCACCAAAGCAGUAUCAUCCCGAGACCACGAAGCUCGAGCUGGAGAAGACCAAGCCUAAAAAGAACGCGGUCGAUGUGAACGGCAGCGUUACAGAGGAGACAGUCGAAAUUUUGAACGAGGUAGAAGGACCCGCGUUAAGUUCUAAAAUUGCACCUUCCGCCGCACCACCUUCGCAGGACAUGGCAACGACUUUGGUGCCGGUGGCAGCAGGAUGCGCCAUUAUCCUGAGCGUCGGCAUAGCCGCCUGGUCCCUGAGGCAUAAAUUCUGCAUUAGUCGCAAGUCCAAGGAAGACACGAAAGAACAGGUGUCAGUUAGUGUAUCCAAUUUAUCCGACGAUCCCUCUCUCGUAUUGAAGAGAUGGCGUGGCUCGAAAACUCACAGCAAUCGUUACCAGCCGUGGGAGAAGGAGUCUCAGGCAGGCAUUCAGAGCAAGCAAGAAGACAAAUGGGAAUUUCCCAGGCAUAGAUUGAAGGUCUUCAACAUCCUCGGCGAAGGUUGCUUCGGUCAAGUAUGGAAGUGUGAGGCCCUCGACAUUGACAACAAGUCCGGUGCAACUAUCGUCGCAGUAAAAACCCUGAAGGAGAACGCUACCGAACGAGAGCGACUGGAUCUCGCGCAGGAGUUGCGAGUCAUGAAGAACUUGGACCCUCACCCGAACGUGGUGCGACUUCUAGGCUGUUGCACUGAACGCGAGCCUAUGUUCGUCAUCUUGGAGUACGUGAGCGGUGGGAAGCUGCAGAGCUUCCUCAGGGCCUCCAGAGAAGAGAGAAAUCACGGAGGAGCGGGAUUAACUUCCAGGGAUCUCACCGGAUUCGUAUAUCAGAUCGCUAAAGGCAUGGAGUACUUGGCGUCGAAGGGUAUCAUUCACCGUGAUCUAGCUGCCAGGAACAUCCUCAUCGACGAAAAUCGCGCAUGCAAAGUAGCGGACUUCGGUUUUGCCAGAGACGUGGCGGCUAAUCAAAUCUACGAGAGGAAAUCCGAAGGUAGACUGCCGAUCAGAUGGAUGGCACCUGAGAGUCUGUACGACAAUAUAUUUUCCGUUAAAUCGGACAUCUGGAGCUUCGGCGUCCUGAUCUGGGAGAUAGUAACGUUAGGUUCGACACCUUAUCCUGGUUUGGCCGCCGCAGAGGUGAUGCGGCGAAUCAAGGAAGGCUACAGAUUGGACAGGCCCGAGCACUGUAAAAGGGAACUUUACAACAUAAUGUACUAUUGUUGGGACAAAGAUCCAGCGUGCAGACCGUCCUUCGCUGAACUGGUCAGCCUGACCGAAGGCCUCCUGCUCGACGAGACCGAUUACAUCGAGCUCGACAGGUUUCCGGAUCACUCGUAUUACAAUUGGUGUGAUACACUGGAAGAAUUGUUGCAGUGUCCAGUAUGUUUAGAGACUGCAGCAAAUACCAAAAGAACAACAGUACACCAGUGUGUAAAUGGACACCACAUUUGUUCUGCGUGUAAGUCACAAAUGUAUUCGUGUCCUCUAUGCAAGUCACAGUUCAUUAAUACAAGAAAUUUGGCUGUGGAACAUAUCUCAGCAAAAUUAGAAGAUAUAAAGACAUCUCUAUUGCAUCCAUAUCAUGUAUUGAAUAGAAAAAUUUUAGAGGGCAAGGUGUGUGUAGCCACUCAGACCGAGGACACUUGCACACCUUCUACGUCAUAUAUAUCAGCUUCAUGUCAAACUGAGUCCUUGUCUAAAGAAAAACUACCACUGUUUGAGCUUCAGCAGGAACAAAGACAACAAUUAACUAUUCUUCCACCUAAAGUAGGAAAAGGAAUUUAUCCAUGUCGCAUUGGAUCUUGUCAGGCACAGUUAGCACAUGGAAGAAUGAUCAGCCACCUAAGAUAUUAUCAUAAAGAUGCAUUUUACGAGGUCUACAGUAGAUAUGGCACGUUCAAACGAAACUUGAACCUGGAGUACAAAUUACAAAAGUACUAUAAUGCCUAUUUUGUUCGAGGCAUGGGUCUGUUUUUUCUAUAUUUGUCUAUAGAUUGUAAAGGUGAUUUAUUGGGUAAUGUGCAAAUUGUUAAUUGCAACGAAGCUGCCAAGCAAUUCACGUAUAUGUUGAAGGUGGGCAGUGGACCUCAGGGAGUUUGCUACAGUGCAGCGGUGAAGUCGUGUCGUGUACUGAAGGAUGGUUCUGCGGAUAGUUUAUGCGUACAUGACAACAACAUGCGUCGCAUAACAUCGUACAACAAUAUCUUUCGUUGCGAGCUCACGAUUAGUCGUAAAAUCGAACAUAAAGCAAAUGUUUGUAGUCUCUAGACUACAAAUGAGACUGACGCGGUACACUGAAUCGGUUCUGAUUUCUUUCUCCUUUCUUUCUUCUUAUCAAGAACCCAUAGUCGUAAACAUAUAUAUUCAAUCAUAUAUCAAAAGAUGCUUUGUGAUAAUUACGUACACCAAAGGAACAUAAUUAUUUUGAUAUGGAGAAGCCGAUAUAUUUGUCUAAUAGAAAGAGUGAUGAAGCUGUGAAUCUUUUUGACACAGUAUUCGCGUAACAUAACGUUGAAAUGGUUAGUCUUCUGACUGAAUUGCUUUAAUUGCUCGACCGUUCAUUACGUGAAUGAAUUAUGCCAUUUGCUGAUUCAGUCAAAGGAACUUAAGAAUAUGUUUAUUAAAAUAAUUGCAAAUUGACGACGAGAAAGAGGACUUAAUGUCUCCGUUUCUUGAGUUUUCACUCGUACGAAAGUCUUAUAGAGUUUGUAAACGUUGAAAAAAAAAUUCUAAAAAUUACUCUGCGCUCAACCGCGAAUUGAAAUAUAGUCGAAUAUUAACGAAUGAUUAAUAAAUAUUAAUACUAUAUAAAUUUAGUAUGUGUGUCAUCUUGAAGCGCUUACAAAUUCCAAGACUUCUACAUCGAAAAUGGAAGGAAACGGAUUUUAAGAUAUAAGUAUUUUGUUAUAUGAAGUAUAUCAGAGCUGCCUGAUUGACGGUUGAAAAGUACGAAAAAAAAGAAAUAGGCCUUUGUUUGUGAUUUGCUGUCAAUGCAAAUACAUAAGUUAACGAUUUUUCAGUGCUGUCGCGCAAUUAGGCAACUCCUAUUCUUGCUGUAAAUAAGAUGGAAAAUAAGAAAAAAAGAAUAUCUCCUGUACAUGCUACGUUGCUUAAAACUUCCUAUAGAUAUAUAUAUUUUUGUUCUUUUGUAAUAUAAUAGAAGUCUUGAUUGGGAAUGAAAGUAUCAAGAACUUCGCCAUGACGAAACGAGGAGCAUACCUCUUGUGAUGUUACAUUUCAAACAUGACGCACGCUACAACUUGUGAUUACGAAAAUCAUUAUUAAUAUUUUAAUGUGAAAUAAAGUCAUUACAUAAAACAAA